AUGCCUCCAUUACCUUCACCUUCAGAUGAAAUAUCCGUGUUGCACCCCAAAGUUCUCAUAUUAUCGGCAGGGAUAACAACGUCAUUAUUUUUGGGUUAUAAAUUCUACAAGAGAUACCUCAGAAGGAUUAGAACAUACCUUGAUUUAACCCCGUCGAUAUUGGAUAAUAAGUAUCCAAUGUAUGGGAAGGUCACAAGAGUUGGAGAUGGAGACAAUUAUAGGUUUUAUCAUACCCCGGGAGGUUUAUUGACGGGUUGGGGGUGGUUAAGAUUUGUCCCCACAACAAGAUCCGAAUUAAAAGAUGAAACCUUAAUGAUCAGAUUGGCAGGUAUAGAUGCUCCAGAAAGGUCUCAUUGGGGAAAACCUGCACAACCUUUGAGUGAAGAAGCACUUUUAUGGUUGAGGAACUACAUCGAUGGAAGAUACGUCACAUUAUAUCCUCAUCUGAUAGAUCAGUAUAAAAGAGUUGUAGGAACAACAAUGGUAUGGAAAUGGACAGGUAGAAAAGAUGUUAGUGCCGAAAUGAUCAAAACCGGUUUAGCUGUAGUAUAUGAAAGCAAGACCGGUGCUGAAUUUGGUGGGAAAGAAGAUUGGUAUAGGAAACUUGAAUCGCGAGCUAAAUGGUUAGAGAAGGGAGUUUGGGGAUUAAGAAAAUUCCAAACCCCUGGUCAAUAUAAGAAGGCUCAUAAAGAUACCUGA